AUGGACCGGCUGCGCGUCGCGAGGGUAGCAUCCCUCGAAAAUGUCCAAGCAUGCUUGCUGAUGGAGUCGCUUCUUUUGCAUCCAUCGAUCCACUUCAACGGCAAUCUCAACCUGGCUGGUACGCCGGUUCCAGCCAAGCACCGAAGCUUGCUUGCAUACACCAACGGACACUGGUACGUCGUUGCCAUUAAGCACAUGCUCGACCUGGGCAUACACUGCAAGGAGAAGGUCAUGACGAUCAAGGAUGCAGCGCUGCGUGGGGAAACGCUGUUCACGUGGUGGCUCGCUUGCAUGGCCGACUCGGCAUCUGCGCUGUUCUUCCAACGUCGAUGUAUCAUUUCUGGCGACGACUACAACAGUGAUCCACCCGCAGGAGACGCAGACAACAAGAAGGAGGCGCCACACCCACUCGGAAGCCUCGACUCGUACUUGGCCUUCUUCGGCUCGAUGCACGAUGCCGUCGUGUUCCAGCGCAAGCUCUCCGCCAACUACUUUGCACCCCGAAGUCACAUCGAGGGCGUACGUCUCGACAACGUGGUCGAGAUUGUCGAGAUGCUCAAAAAGUGGCGUCUGGAACAUCUGGAAAAGGUGGGCGUUCCCCUGCCGCACUGGCCUCCUCACUGGGACUACAUCGCCGCUGUGAGCGCCUGUACCAGCGACAUCAAUUAUCAUGCCAACUGGAUCGUGCUGUGGCGUCUGGUCGACGAGAUGGGCAUCUAUGGAACGGACCGUUCCGAUGCCACCUCACCCAUUCAUCAAGAUCGGCUUAAACGACGCGUUGCCUCGGAGCAAGACGCCACGCCGCGAGACCAGGUUCCUGACGCAGAACAGGUGCAGCUGACCCUAGCAACGAUUCAGGAGGAGGCGCUCAACAGUGCACUUCGAAUCGCCGGGCUGACCGAGAUCCUUCGCAGCAACCAAUACUUGCGUCUGGAUCCGUGCAACUCGCUGCAGAGCCUGGAGGUGGCGGCGCACAUGCUGAUCCGGUUCCAGAGGAGCGAGGUGGAUAUCAUCGUGGCUGGACUCCGGCAGUACGGCCUGUCGUACGAAGACUGUUUCGACAAGGCGGAUCUCAUGGAGGACCUGGCGGCGGCGUACAACGAGCGGGCACGCGAGGAUUCCACUUUUGUGCCUGGUUCGGCGCUGGGUCUGGCGAUGGAGCGCGAUGGUGCCGCUGCGAAUGAGCACAAUGGAAUUCCUGAGCUGGCGAUUGCCGCCGCCGCGCUGUCGAAUGCUGCAGCAUCGGCUAAUGGCGGCGCAGAAGCGGAAGGGUACAGCUUCGACGCGGACGCCGCAGCGGCGCCUCAGGCCCACACCAACGUGGACGUAGAUUCGUCAGCGGAUGUCAAGGAUGCAACUCACGCCCCGUCGUUCGACAGCAUAUUCACCACGUCUACCGACGACCCGCGCAACGACAUCGCCAUCUCGGCACACGUGUACAACGGCAUGCGGGACUCUGCGCAUCCGGGUUUUCCUUAG